AUGGCCAAUAAAGUUACCAUCGUCUUCUCAGCCAACGACCUCGAUCUUAGCGCCAUCUCGUUCACGUACAAGGGCGAAGAGAUUUACCUUCCCUUCACCAGCGCGAGCUCAACCAAUCAGGUACUGAGUGCCGCAGACGACGAGAUCCCUGAGAUGAUUCGGAUACGUGCUACUGUUACCAGCGGUGGCACCCGGGGCACCUCUACUCCAGUUCAGAAGCCUACGACUCCAAUCYUYCACACCCCGCUUACCGUGUUGGCCGGCCUGGCUACUCCUACUACUGUCACCCCCACCCAUAAGCGCCCUGCCUACGACCUCCGCUCUCCACUCUCAGAUUGGGACCACCGCACUUGCACGGGCACCGCUACCUCAGCCCGGCAGCAUGUAUCUUCGGCCUCUACCACCACAUCCAUCAAUCUGAAGACCACCACUCCAGCAGCUCCUUCACGUCCACUAGCCGAUGAGAAAAUCACUCCAGCUAUCCCGUCUUACUCUGAGCCUACAUGUGGCCAUCAAACUAACCCAAUCGUUAUUGAAGACGAGCCUGUAGCAAUCAUCUCCAAGAAGAACGUCAAAGUCAAGGCUCGUUCAGUCAACUUCAAGAUCGACCCCACUAUUUGGACGGCAGAAAUACAGGAAUCGAACAAGCAGACGAAGACCUUCAAGAGCAGCUCUUUCCAGAAGUGCGUCGACGAGAGCAGGACUGUCAAGGACAGGCGUGUUGUUUUGAAGAAGAUCUACAAGCAAAUUGGCGAGCAGGAGUUCUGGGAUUGUGUUCCUAUGGAGUGUCAUGACAAGCCUCGCCCUGUUCCUGAGGAGUGUGGGAAGCCGUUUUUGGAACAUGUGUUGAGAUGUAUCGUGCGGACGAAGGAUGAGGCUGUUUGA